AUGAGUCUGAGCAAUGCCGAGGUGCUCUCCAUUGCCCUCGGCCUGGUGCUGGGUGGAUUCGCCCUGAUUGGCCUCGGCAUUGUCGCCUUCUUCAUAUAUCAACAUCACCGGCAAAGGGCCGACAUCUCCACCGCUCUGUUAAGCGAUGAGGAGGAGGAGGCUGCUGCACGCCAGCCUGAUGACGCUGAUCCGUGGGAAGUGAACAUCUUGCCUGACGUUGUCACCUUGCUCAAGUCCUGCAAACUUCUCUCUUAUCGUCUUAUGAGCACCGUCCUUGAGGAGGCAGGGCAGUCCGAUCAUGAGCUCGUUACCGGCUCUAUGGAUGCCAUCGUCGCAGCUUCCCGCCCGAUUGGAGCUCGAGCCAACGACGUCACUGAAAGCAUGUAUCAUCCCGUCGACCGCACUCGGUUGCUGACCUCUGCCACGGCCCUUGUCAAGUGUAUUGACGACCUCGUCUGUGCCACCAGGUACCACCACCCCCUUGCUGCUCUCAUAUCUACCAUGACCAGUCGUGACCUGCACGAGUAA